CGAUGGAGGAGAGAGUAUGCGAUGAGGAGAGCUGUUUUUUGUUGGCAUCAGUACGCUCAGUAUCGGGACAUGAAGGAGUCUAAUCGGCGUCUCGCUGUGCGGCACCGUUACUUGCAUCGGUUGUCAGCAUGCAUGCAUAACUGGCAAGCGUUUGUUCGCAAACGGUAUAAGAAGCACGCGAGAGAAGACGCAGGUUCCGCAGCCUACGAUUGCAGGUUGAAGAAGCGGUCCUUCCGAGGCUGGCGGGACGGUGUGCCUUUGCUCAAGGAGAAGCAGGCGCAGAGAGAAUGGGCAAUGAACUGGCAGGAAUCACGUUGUCGGCGUUUGGUUCUGAUAGGAUGGGCAGAGGAAGCGGAGAGGCGUGCACUGCGCAAGGCGAAGCUGAAGUGUGCGCAAGAUCAUUGGGAGAAGAAGACGGCAGGGGCGUGUUUGUCGGUGUGGGCACGAUGGGCAGCUGCAAAGAAAGACAAGAAGUUGGAGGAGGCUAAGAAGGUCGUGGAGGCGAGGAAGGAAUUGGGUGCUCUGAGAGCAAAGCACGCAUUUGCAAGUUGGAUCGAGUAUUGCCGCGCACGUUCUGUGAAGCGGUACAAGGAUGCAAGUGCGCAAGGGCAUUGGGUGGCGAAGGUGCAGAAGACUGUUCUGCAGGGGUGGAACGAGAGGGUGGCGAACAAACGAGUACGGGCGGCAAUGGAUGCGCAUGCUGUCGCAGCGUACGAGCGGUAUCUAACAGGAAGGGCAUGGGCGGCAUGGCGGCGAACAAACAGAAUGUGUACAGCGAAGAGACGGCUGCGCCUGAUGGCCGACUGCCGGUGGAGGAUGAAGGUACAAGCGAGGGGGCUUCGAGGCUGGAGAUGGUGGCUCGGAACAAGAAGAGAGAAGAGGAGAAGAACAGAUGAUGCAAUGAAUGCAUACAAGGGGAGAUUGCGCAGAUGGGCAGCGGCUAGACUCAUUCAGGUAGGCCUGCGCCGCCACGCAAUUCGCGUGCAAGCUGCAGUGGAGCGGCAAGCUCUGAUGUCUGCAGCCGAGUUGGCGAGAGUCGCACCAUACGCACAGAGGUGGCGAUACAUUGUGAGGAAAAGGAAGAAUGAGAGAUUGGGAAAUGGAGGCGGUGCCAACGAUGAAGCAGCGGCUCUCAGGGUAGCUGAUCAUCAUCAGAUGGCCCUCUGGGGGCUAGCCUCCUCCUCGUCGAAGACUGAAAUGCCAGUAACUUCAACUCUGAAGACAUCAAAAGGCAAGGCUGGACAUCAUCUUGUGCCGUUUCUCCAAGACCAUCCAAGAUUAGGUCUAUCGCCACCAGCGGGGGAUCGCAUCACGGGCUCCAUCAUGAAUGGUAUGAGGAUUCUAGAGUCUGCUCAUCUGUUUUCGUUCCCUCGCUUGCGCCAGCCACCACGACGGCCGGCGUUCUUGCUGCAGAGCUCGUGUUCUGCUGGUCCAAAGCAAUCACAUGCCUGCAAUCCAGAUUCUACCCAAGUCACGGGCACAUCGUUGUCGUCAUCGACAACUUUCGCAACGUCUGUUCCACAACCCUCCCAUGCCCAAGCUGGUGCAUUGCCGUCGUCAUUGGCACCGUCGGCAUCGUCUUCAUCAUCGGCACUGCUGUCGUCGUCUCCCCUGGCCCUUCAGCAUGUGGUCCCCACUCCUGGCAAGAGUCCGCUAGUCAAUUGCAAGGGCCGUCAAGAUAUGCAGUCCAAGGAAGACAGAGGCCAGCACGACCAGCAUGGCACGCUUUUCCAAAGUGAUAAUGACUUUCGUCGUCGUAAUACGACGAUCCAUAACGUACAACCGCUCCUACACAUGUCUAUCCUAAGGGCUGGCUCUUUGAAGACUGACGAAAGAGGAUGUAGAAGCGCUUGCGACACUGAUCCUUGCUUCGCGGUGGCAACAACGACCACCGCCCAAAGCACUCCUUGCGCGCCAGACAACACCUUGCGCCAGUCGUCCGCGACGACGUUGUCGGAUCCGUUGAUGAUUGCUCAGGAGAUUGGGUGGAUGGAGGCGGUUCUGAGGGCUUACAGUACAUUGCAGAAGGAGUUGAAUCGAUCUCGCGCUGACUUGGCGAACGAGUUAAAUCAGUCUCGCGCGGAGUUGGCGACCCAUGUGUCCCGAUCAUCGUCAGCUCCGAAUGCAGGACGAGGGGAGCAUGAUGAGGAGGGUGCAACUAACCCCAUAAGAGUGUGGCAGCUGCAGCAAAAAAUUCUGGCACUUGAACAGCGACAAGCGGUGCAAUUUCCGAUGGUCAAAGGGGUGGCUUUGCGGAUACAGCAAAUGCGCGGCCUGGCCUGCGGGAAAUAAAAUCUGGCAUGCUUGGAAUGAAAAAAGGCAAGGCAGCAGGACGCUUCAACAAGAAAGCAUUGCAGCUGCAUCAAAAACAAUUCUGGCACUUGAACAGUGACAAGCGGUGCAGCUUCCGAUGGUCAAAGGUGUGGCUUUGCGGUGAUAAAGCAAAUGCGCGGCAUGGCCUGUGGUGAAGAAAAAACUGGCGUGCUUGGAGUGAAAAAGACAAGGCAGCACGACCCUUCAACAAGAAAGCACUGCAGCUGCAGCAAAAAAUUAUGGCACUGGAACAGCGACAAGCAGUGCAGUUUCCGAUGGUCGAAAGGUGUGGCUUUGCGGUUAUAAAGCAAAUGCGCGGUAUGGCCUGCGGUAAAGAAAAAACUGGCGUGCUUGGAGUGAAAAAAAGGCAGCAGGACGCUUCAACAAGAACCCCCAAGAACCCCCCGCUACCCCUCGGCAGCUGCUGGAGCAAAAGUUUCUGGCACUGGAUGUUAGAUGGUGGAGCUUCUUUCUGUCAAAAAAAAAAAAAAAAAAAAAAAAAAAAAAAAAAAAAAGAUGGUCAAAGGCGUGGCUUUGUGGUUAUAAAGCAGAUGUGAGGCAUGGCCUGCGAGGGGUGGAAAAUAACAAAAAAGAACUGGCAUCCUUGGAAUGAAAAGGCGGCAGGACGCUUCAACAUGAAAGCGUUGUAGCUGGAGCAAAAGAUUGUGGCUUAUGAACAUCAACAAGGGGUGCAGUUUUCUUUGGGGAUGAAACAAAUGCAUGGCAUGGCUUGGCCUGCAGCUAGCAACGGGAACCGAUCGUCCUGAUCGUCGUAAACUUUUGAACACCUGGUUUUGCAAAUCCAUUCCGACGGUUUAUCGGCGUGGAAAAAUACAGCGGUCUUCUUGCAAUGAAGUCACCGGGGCGCUUUGACAAGGAACCAUUGCAAGGCGACGAUGUGAGUUAUGAAGGCAAGUUUGAUAGACCGGCAAGGAGGAGUGACUGUCUCGUCAGUGACACAAAGGUUGUUGUUGCUUUGCCACUGUAAACCAAGGAGAGUGCAGACGGUGCGAAGGCAGUUGUUGCCGUGCAGCUAUAUGAACGAAGGAACGUGCAGAAGGUGUGGGGAUGGAGAUGGGAGACGAUUCUAGUACCGUCUUCACACGGAUACAACGUAUGUACGGUCCUUAUUGCUGUCUGAACAAAGGAACGUGCAGAACGUGUAGAGGUGGAGAUGGAAGGUGAUUCUAGUACCGUCUUCGCACGAAUACAACGUACGUACGGUCAUUAUUGCUGUAUGAACCAAGGAAAGUGCAGAAGGUGUAAAGAUGGAGAUGGGAGGCGAUUCUGGCACUGUCUUCAUGCUAAUACAACGUACGUACGGUCAUUAUUGCUGUAUCUAGACUCAAAGUUGUCCUAAAUACAUACACAGCUAUAAUGACCGUACAUUGUAUUCGGGUGAAGACAGUAGUGCUUUCUCCCUCCUACUGUCUUCACUUGAGCAGAAUGCGCAGUCAUGAUGCCCUAUCUGGAUUGAAAUUUACGC